AUUGAAAGAAGUAUAUAUAGCAUGCUGUUUUCUUUGCAUAGCAGCAGUGAUUUAAGAAUUUCCCCCUCAUAUUUCCAGUGUUUUAUAUUAAAGCUUUUUGUUUCAGACAUUAAAAAGCACAUGUAGGUCAAGUAAAGAAGUGUUUGCCAGUACGAACUCUGUGCUAAGCAUUCUGGGAGACUGCUUUCUUGCAGCAGAUGAGGAUUCUUUGUGGCUGGCAGCAGAAACUGCAGCAGUAUCUUUGCAGUUUCCUUUCAUCUUUGAUUAUGUUCUGAGGAUCUCUGAAUACAAGAGCUCUUUCCAUAACCCCUUGGAAUAUCUUUUCAUCUCUCUGGUGGAGUGCAGCACAUGCUGAAAGCCUCCUGUCUUCUACAGCUGUGGUGUCCUUUGCUUUUCAUCGCCCUCUGAUUUUUUGUCUUCAGCCGCUGGAUUUUUGGCAGUAUUUGGCUUAAGCAAAUAGGAUUACAUUUCAGUAGCUGAUGGUUUCUAGUCGAGGAACAUACUAAAUGUGGGACAUAAUGAGGAUUGUACAAAGAAACAUUUCUGCAAAGCACUGGAAAAUUACUCGAGUCGUGCAACGGAAGAAGACAUUCUGCAAAUGCAAUCAGGGCUGCUAGAAAUGCAAAAUUCAACAGAUUGGGAAUGGGUUGCACGACAAGUGUGAUUCUGUUUAAAGGCAUUCGUACAGUUUUUGAGAGAAACUGUGGUUAUAUAUGCAAACAGGAAGGGGAAAACAAUGCCCUUGAAUACACAGCAUUCAGCUUGCCAGAUGAAGAUUCAGAAAUAUUGAUUCAUUCAUUCCUGGCAAAGCCAAAACUUAUAGAACCAAUAGACUAUGAAAAUGUCAUUGUUCAGAGGAAAACACAGAUUUUGAAUGAUCCUCUACGUGAGAUGCUACUGUUCCCUUAUGAUGACUUCCAGACAGCAUUAUUGCAGCGGCAGAGUCGAUACAUUCGGUCAACAGUUCCUGAAAAUGCAGAGAAAGAAGCUCAGAGCCUGUUUGUAACUGAGUGCAUCAAAACCUACAAUUCAGACUGGCAUAUUGUUAACUAUAGAUAUGAAGAUUACUCAGGAGAGUUUCGACAACUUCCAAAUAAAGGGACAAAGCCAGACAAGCUUCCUGUUCAUUUAUAUGAAGUGGAUGAAGAAGCAGAUAAAGAUGAGGAUGCAGCAUCUCUUGGGUCUCAGAAGGGUGGAAUAACAAAACAAGGAUGGCUGUACAAAGGCAACAUGAACAGUGCAAUCAGUGUGACAAUGAGAUCAUUUAAAAGAAGAUUUUUCCACUUAAUCCAGCUUGGUGAUGGAUCCUAUAAUCUCAAUUUCUACAAAGAUGAAAAAAUAUCAAAAGAACCUAAAGGAUCAAUAUUUCUAGAUUCAUGCAUGGGAGUGGUUCAGAACAAUAAAGUCAGACGUUUCGCAUUUGAGCUCAAGAUGCAAGACAAGAGUAGUUUCCUUUUAGCUGCAGACAGUGAACUUGAAAUGGAAGAGUGGAUAAACACUCUGAACAAAAUCCUUCAGCUUAACUUUGAGGCUGCAAUGCAAGAAAAAAGAAAUGGCGAGUCCCACGAAGAUGAUGAACAAAGCAAACUGGAAAGCUCAUCAAGUAGUUUUGAUAACUACUAUCCUGAAAUUGCCAAGAGUACCAGAGAAGCAGAAAUCAAGCUGAAAACUGAAAGCAGAGUUAAACUUUUUGCCUUGGAUCCAGAUGCACAGAAACUUGACUUUUCUAGUAUUGAACCAGAAGUUAAGCCAUUUGAAGAGAAAUUUGGAAAAAAAAUUCUUGUAAGGUGUAAUGAUUUAUCUUUUAAUUUGCAAAGCUGUGUUGCAGAAAAUGAAGAAGGACCAACAACAAAUGUAGAGCCUUUCUUUGUCACACUGUCACUAUUUGAUAUUAAAAACAACAGGAAGAUUUCAGCAGAUUUCCACGUUGAUUUGAACCAUGCCUCAGUAAGGCACAUGCUGUCCAGUGCAUCUCAACAAAUGAUGAAUGGCAGUGGUGACAGCUUACACAGAAUUCAGGACAUUCAUGAAACUGUCUUGCAAUAUCCAAAGCAGGGAAUAUUCUCAGUCACGUGUCCUCAUACAGACAUUUUCCUUGUGGCUAGAAUAGAAAAGGUGUUACAGGGAAGUAUUACACAUUGUGCUGAGCCAUAUAUGAAAAGUUCAGAUUCAUCAAAGGUUGCACAGAAAGUUUUGAAGAAUGCUAAGCAGGCAUGCCAGAGAUUAGGUCAAUAUAGAAUGCCUUUUGCCUGGGCAGCUAGGACAUUAUUUAAAGAUGCCUCAGGAACCCUGGACAAAAAUGCAAGAUUUUCUGCUCUCUUCAGACAAGACAGUAAUAAACUCUCAAAUGAAGACAUGUUGAAAUUGUUAGCAGAUUUCAGGAAACCUGAAAAGAUGGCCAAACUUCCUGUUAUUUUAGGAAAUCUGGAUGUUACAAUUGACAAUGUGUCACCAGAUUUUCCAAAUUACGUUAACUCAUCAUACAUUCCCAUGAAACAGUUUGAAAACAAUACCAAGACACUCACAGCAUUUGAAAUAGAGGAGUUUGUUCCCUGUAUACCAAAAUGCACUCAACCUUUUACCAUCUACAACAAUCAUCUUUAUGUUUAUCCAAAGCACUUAAAAUAUGACAGUCAAAAGUCUUUUGCAAAGGCUAGAAAUAUUGCAGUGUGUGUUGAGUUCAAGGAUUCUGAUGAAGAGGAUUCUUUGCCUUUGAAGUGUAUCUAUGGUAGGCCUGGUGGACCAGUAUUUACUAGAAGUGCAUUUGCUGCUGUUCUGCAUCACCAUCAAAAUCCAGAGUUCUAUGAUGAGAUUAAAAUAGAGCUGCCCACUCAGUUACAUGAAAAGCACCAUUUGUUGUUCACAUUCUACCAUGUCAGCUGUGAUAAUUCAAGCAAAGGGAGUACAAAGAAGAAAGAUGUUGUUGAAACACAAGUUGGGUAUUCUUGGCUUCCUUUGAUAAAAGAUGGAAGAGUGGUCACCAAUGAGCAACAAAUCCCAGUGUCAGCAAAUCUUCCCUCGGGCUACCUUAGUUAUCAAGAAGUGGGUAUUGGAAAGCAUUCUGGUCCUGAAAUUAAAUGGGUAGAUGGAGGCAAACAAUUGCUAAAAAUAUCCACUCAUCUGGUGUCAACUGUGUAUACACAGGACCAGCACUUGCAUAAUUUUUUUCAGUACUGUCAGAAAACAGAGUCCGGAGCUCGUGCACUAGGAACUGAUCUUGUGAAAUAUCUUAAGAGCCUUCAUGCUAUGGAGGGCCAUGUGAUGAUAGCUUUCCUGCCAACUAUUCUAAACCAGUUGUUCAGAGUUCUCACCAGAGCAACUCAAGAGGAAGUUGCAGUCAACGUGACAAGGGUUAUUAUCCAUAUUGUUGCUCAGUGUCAUGAAGAAGGUUUGGAUAGCUACCUGAGAUCUUAUGUGAAGUAUGCGUAUAAAGCAGAACCCUAUGUUGCUUCUGAAUAUAAGACAGUACAUGAAGAGCUGACAAAGUCAAUGACAACAAUUUUAAAGCCAUCUGCUGACUUUCUUACAAGCAACAAACUGCUUAAGUAUUCAUGGUUUUUCUUUGAAGUUCUGAUAAAGUCAAUGGCUCAACAUUUGAUAGAAAACUCUAAAGUGAAGCUGUUGAGAAACCAGAGAUUUUCUGCCUCCUUUCAUCAUGCAGUGGAAACAGUUGUUAAUAUGCUAAUGCCACACAUCACUCAGAAGUACAGAGACAAUCCAGAGGCCUCAAAAAAUGCAAACCACAGCCUGGCUGCCUUUAUAAAAAGGUGUUUCACUUUUAUGGACAGAGGCUUUGUUUUCAAGCAGAUCAAUAACUACAUCAGCUGCUUUGCCCCAGGAGAUCCAAAGGCUCUUUUUGAAUUCAAAUUUGAAUUUCUUCGUGUUGUCUGUAAUCAUGAGCACUAUAUACCAUUGAAUCUACCAAUGCCAUUUGGAAAAGGCAGAGUUCAGAGAUACCAAGACCUUCAGCUGGACUAUUCAUUAACUGAUGAAUUCUGUAAAAAUCACUUCUUGGUUGGACUGCUUCUAAGGGAGGUGGGCAAUGCCUUACAAGAAUUCAGAGAUGUGAGGCAGAUUGCCAUCAGUGUGCUCAAGAAUUUGAUGAUAAAGCAUUCUUUUGAUGAUAGAUAUGCUACCAGGGGCCAUCAAGCAAGAAUAGCCACUAUGUAUUUGCCACUUUUUGGUCUGCUCAUAGAAAAUGUUCAGCGGAUCAAUGUGAAAGAUGUGUCUCCAUUUCCUGUUAACCCUUCCAGCAAUAGCACAAAGGAUGAUGCACCAAGUUUGCCAACUGCAAGUCAGUUAGUAACACCACAAAAAUCAGGAAACACAUUGGAUAACAACCUCCCUAAAGAUCUGUUUGGUGUUAUCUCUGGCAUUGCUUCCCCCUACACCACAUCGACUCCAAAUAUUAAUAGUGUGAGGAAUGCUGACUCAAGAGGUUCUCUUAUAAGCACAGACUCAGGAAACAGUCUCCCAGAAAGACACAGUGACAAGAGCAAUUCUCUUGACAAGAACCAGCAGAGCAGCACUUUAGGGAGUUCUGUUGUUCGAUAUGACAAACUUGACCAAGCAGAGAUCAAAAGCCUGCUCAUGUGUUUCCUUCAUAUUUUAAGAAGCAUGUCAGAUGAUGCAUUGUUUACAUAUUGGAACAAGGCUACAAAAUCUGAACUCAUGGACUUUUUCACCAUUACAGAAGUGUGCUUACAUCAGUUCCAGUACAUGGGGAAACGAUACAUAGCCAGGAACCAGGAGGGGUUAGGAUCCAUAGUUCAUGAUCGAAAAUCUCAGACAUUGCCUGUUUCCCGUAACAGAACAGGAAUGAUGCAUGCCAGAUUGCAGCAGCUGAGCAGCCUGGAUAACUCUCUCACUUUUAACCACAGCUAUGGCCAUUCAGAUGCAGAUGUCCUUCACCAGUCUUUACUUGAAGCAAAUGUUGCCACCGAAGUUUGCAUUACAAUUCUGGACACUCUGUCAUUAUUCACAAUGGCUUUUAAGAAUCAGCUACUGACUGAUCACGGACAUAAUCCACUGAUGAAGAAAGUAUUUGAUGUAUACCUCUGCUUCCUUCAAAAGAAUCAGUCUGAAACAGCAUUGAAAAAUGUAUUCAGUGCUUUAAGGGCACUUAUUUUCAAGUUUCCUUCUACAUUUUAUGAAGGUAGAGCUGAUAUGUGUUCUGCACUGUGCUAUGAAAUUCUGAAGUACUGUAAUUCCAAGCUGAGUUCAAUUCGCAAUGAAGCUUCCCAGUUACUGUACUUUUUGAUGAGAAAUAAUUUUGACUACACAGGGAAGAAGUCUUUUGUUCGAACACAUCUGCAAGUUAUUAUUUCAGUAAGCCAGUUAAUUGCUGAUGUGGUUGGAAUUGGGGGAACUAGAUUUCAGCAGUCUCUUUCCAUCAUCAACAAUUGUGCCAAUAACGACAGAAUUAUUAAGCACACUACAUUCCCUUCUGAUGUUAAGGAUUUAACCAAACGGAUUCGUACGGUGCUGAUGGCUACGGCUCAGAUGAAGGAACAUGAGAAUGAUCCAGAAAUGCUCGUAGACCUCCAGUACAGCUUGGCAAAGUCCUAUGCAAGUACACCUGAAUUGAGGAAGACAUGGUUAGACAGCAUGGCAAGGAUCCAUGUUAAAAAUGGAGAUCUUUCAGAGGCAGCAAUGUGCUAUGUCCAUGUAGCAGCACUGGUUGCAGAAUAUCUCACACGAAAAGGGAUGUUUAGGCAAGGCUGUACUGCUUUCAGAGUAAUCACACCAAAUAUAGAUGAAGAGGCUUCGAUGAUGGAGGAUGUUGGAAUGCAAGAUGUUCACUUCAAUGAAGAUGUGCUGAUGGAAUUGUUGGAGCAGUGUGCUGAUGGACUCUGGAAGGCAGAACGCUAUGAACUCAUCGCUGAUAUAUAUAAGCUUAUAAUUCCCAUUUAUGAAAAACGGAGAGAUUUUGAGAGGCUUGCUCACUUAUAUGACACCCUUCAUCGAGCAUACAGUAAAGUUACUGAAGUUAUGCAUACAGGCAAGAGGCUUCUGGGGACUUAUUUCAGGGUAGCAUUCUUUGGACAAGCAGCGCAAUACCAGUUUACAGACAGUGAGACAGAUGUUGAGGGUUUCUUUGAGGAUGAAGAUGGAAAGGAAUAUAUCUAUAAAGAGCCUAAACUUACACCUCUUUCAGAAAUUUCCCAAAGACUCCAGAAACUCUACUCUGACAAAUUUGGAGCUGAAAAUGUCAAAAUGAUUCAGGAUUCUGGCAAAGUAAAUCCUAAGGAUUUAGAUUCAAAAUAUGCAUAUAUUCAAGUUACACAUGUAAUUCCAUACUUUGAAGAAAAGGAGCUGCAGGAAAGAAAAACAGACUUUGAAAGGACUCAUAACAUACGUCGCUUCAUGUUUGAGAUGCCUUUUACUCAAGGUGGUAAAAGACAAGGAGGGGUAGAAGAGCAGUGUAAGCGAAGGACUAUUUUGACAGCCAUACAUUGCUUUCCAUAUGUGAAAAAGCGCAUUCCAGUAAUGUACCAGCACCACACUGAUUUAAACCCCAUUGAAGUAGCCAUUGAUGAAAUGAGUAAAAAAGUUGCAGAGCUUAGGCAGCUUUGCUCUUCAGCUGAAGUUGAUAUGAUCAAAUUGCAGCUGAAGCUACAGGGAAGUGUCAGUGUUCAGGUUAAUGCUGGUCCAUUAGCAUAUGCAAGAGCUUUCUUAGAUGACACUAACACCAAAAGAUAUCCAGACAAUAAAGUAAAGCUCCUAAAAGAAGUUUUUAGGCAAUUUGUUGAAGCCUGUGGGCAUGCUCUGGGUGUAAAUGAACGACUGAUAAAAGAAGAUCAGCUGGAAUAUCAAGAAGAAAUGAAAGCAAACUACAGAGAAAUGGCAAAAGAGCUUUCUGAAAUAAUGCAUGAACAAAUGGGAUGAUUACUCCAGUGGAAGAAAAGGCCAGUGUCAUGCCCAACUCGCUGCACAUUUUCAACGCCAUAAGUGGAACUCCGACAAGCACAACAGUUCACGGGAUGCCCAGUUCUUCUUCAGUUGCAUGAUUGUUUUGUAAAGGAAAGUAUGUUUGUUUCUUUUGAAGUUUGUGGACUUGCUUCUUUGUGUGCAAACUCAGGAUGACCUUGAAGCUAAAUGUUGGGCACAUGCAAACUGCGUAGUUCAUAUGAAUGUCUGAGCACACUUAGCAAAUAGCAGUUACUGGUAAUAGUCUUUUAGAGUAAGGGAGGCACACAUACAUAUUUUUUAAUCUUGCUGGUAAAAUUUAAAAUUGUUCACAAUGUCAUUGCAGAAGUGCGUGUUGGAAAAUUAUGAAGUUAGCUUCUGUUUUUCAUUAGAAAGUAUUAUUAAGAUGAAUUGCACAUUACAAAAAAAGUGUUGUGGGAUGUAAUUUUGCAGAUAUGUAACAUUCAGGUGUUCUUUUUGUGUAUGGCACAUAGAGAUUCCAAGUACAAGAACUAUUUUGGGGCUAGACAGAGACACUAGUUUUUGGGGUUUAAUGGAACUGACAAUAGUAGUUUUUGUACCAUUUGGCAAAUUGUUGUGCUUUAUUUUAUACCUUGUUGCAUUUUGGAGAUAUGUGAGCUUAGAUCUUACUGAACAACUAAAUACAACCAAAGGUCUGUAUUAAUGAACACUGAGUUAUACUAAAAUAUCAAUAGUAGUAAAUUGUUAUGUACAUAUUGUUUGUUAAUACAGUCCGUACAGUCUGUACAUAAAUGUAUUACAUUUCUAAGCAUUUUUUUAAUAUGCAUACCUGCUCUUACCAUUCUGCUUUCAGUUUCUUUUGAAAAUUUUCUCAUUCCAAGUAUAUGCAGACUUUACAGUUCAUAUAUCCCUGUAUAUAAAUAAGUGCAAUAUAAAGAUGUAUACAGUCUUUGCUAUGUUAUGUUUAUAUGCAGUUAUUAAAAAAACCCUUUUUGCCAAAGCAAUGGAGUAUGUAAUUGGUAAUCAUGGUUACUGUGGUAAAUGGUGGUAUAAUUUAAAGCUUUUUCCAUAUUCUUAUUCUUUUAAGACAUUAAUUUAGUAAUUUUAUAUUUGGGGAAAAUAAAGGUUUUUAAUUUUAUUUAACUGGAAGCACUGUCCUGCUGUAAUUAAACAUUCUGUACUACAUCUAUAUUAAAAGAAAAAAGGUAGUUACUUUUCUCACUGUGUGCUGCGUUUUUUUGUUUUAGAUUCACCCUGACAUUUGGGAAAAAUGAAAGCUUGAAUUUAAAAAAUGCCUUUUUGCAUCCUGCGUAUGAGAUGCAGACACUUGUAGGUCUUAUUUCAUAUUCCUUGUCAGUAAAAGCAAUUAAAUUAUUAGUUGAGACAUCAGUUUUGAGUCCCUUGCAUUUGACUCUAGUACCAUGUUACUGUAACUACAGGUUGUUAUUCACCAAAACCGUUAAUAUUAGGAAGUCUUCAAAACUUCUCAUCACAUGACAGUAGAAAUCAUCUUUUAUUUAGGACAUAAGGUUUGCUGUCAUUUUCAACAGUGUGAAACACAUAUGUUGCCAUUAGUCAUCAAAGGUUUUUUCUAAAGCAGCUCAUCUUGGCAGUGAAAUGCUGCAUAUACUCUGCUUUCUCUAUGUUUCUGAAACAAAAUUUCUCAUUGUUUAAAAUUCUUUCCCUCAAGAGGAAAAAAAAUCAUACACUUCUAGACAGUGAACUCACAAUGCUGUAAGAGGCAUUUUCUUCUCCUCUGCCCUAAAUGCUUCACACUUCUGUUCAUCUGUGGAAAUAGGUGUAGGAACACCUACCUCAAAAGGUGUUUCAUUAUUGGGAGAAUAUAGAAUAUAUCCUGUAAAUCUGUUUUGCCACUCAGGAAGACUUUUGUAUCCAUGUAUUAAGAGCUAUUGUGUGUAUCACGAUGGCUUCUUUUAAUUGCCUCAUUUUUUCUGACUUUUUCCACUUUGUCUUGGGAGCAGAACUGACAGUUUCCCUUUUGCACUGAGACCUCACUUGGGUUAAGAUGCAUCUGACAAGCAACCUAUAAAUGUAGUAUGUAUUCAGAAGUUAAUAUGUAUCUGUGUAUGUGUGUGUGCAUGUAUGUAUGUGUGUGUAUAGAUAGAUAGAUAGAUAGAUAGAUGCACACACAGAGGCACAUAUACAUCCAAAUAUAUGUGUAACUGCUUUGCUGAACCUUGGCCUAUGAAAAUCAGCAAACUGUAGUUGACAUUGCUGUAGGUUUACACAGGCUUAAAUCAUUUAAAUCAUUAAUGAUUAACACAUAAAUGACAUGUCUAUAGACUUAAUCUCUUGUGAUGUGUUUCUAUGAGGGAACACACCCUCUACUGUUUAAGCUUUAUACAUAGUAAU